AUCACAAAAAGUUUUCAUACAAAAGAAUUUUCUCUUAUUUUUGUUUUCAUUUUAUUCUCAUCGGCAUUUGAAUUUUUUUCGAUAUUAGAAACUUAAUUUUUGUAUUUUAAAACAUAAAAAUCUCAAACAAUGAACAAUUUACCACAGAAUCCUCCAUCAUAUGAGUCAGUUAUUGCCAGCUCAACAGAUCAAAUUGGAGCAGUGACGAUGACACAGCCAGUAUAUCCAGUUUUACCAUCAGCACCACCAAUGCAGAUGCCAAUGCCACAGCCAAUUCAGAAUUAUGGAAGUAUAAAUGAAGCAAUUCAGGCACAACCAAGUGUCAAUCAGCCAAUUGUUAGCGAUGUUACUGUGAUUGUUGGUGUUAAUGGAUGUCCAAUUUGUAGGAUUGGAGUGCUUGAGGAUGAUUAUAGUUGUUUCGGAAUUUGCUUGGCAAUAUUCUGCUUCCCUCUCGGAAUUUUAUGCUGUUUGGCGUGUAAAAACAAAAGAUGUAGCUCUUGUGGAGCAAUUAUUUAAAAAAAAGUCAUUGAUACUUAAUUGC